GUGGGAAUGGGGCACCCGAGACUGGGCAGGGGCGCUGCGCAGGCGGCGGCCGCGUGAGCGGGAGGAAGCGGUGGCCGCGGCGGGACGGGCGGUCGCGCAGCAGCAGGCACAGGUGUAAUGGACAGGUGACAGAGAAGACCCCUCCCCUUCCAUCAGCAUGACCGAGUGCUUCCUGCCUCCCACCAGCAGCCCCGGUGAACACCGCAGGGCAGAGCAUGGCAGCGGACUGACCCGCACCCCCAGCUCGGAGGAGAUCAGCCCCACCAAGUUCCCAGGACUGUACCGCACGAGCGAGCCCUCCCCGCCCCAUGACAUCCUCCACGAGCCUCCCGACGUCGUGUCUGAUGAUGAGAAAGACCAUGGCAAGAAAAAAGGAAAGUUUAAGAAGAAGGAAAAAAGGACGGAAGGCUAUGCCGCCUUUCAGGAAGACAGCUCCGGGGAUGAGGCUGAAAGCCCUUCUAAAAUGAAGAGGUCCAAGGGGAUCCAUGUUUUCAAGAAGCCCAGCUUUUCUAAAAAGAAGGAGAAGGAUUUUAAAAUCAAAGAGAAACCCAAAGAAGAAAAGCACAAAGAAGAGAAACAUAAGGAGAAAAAGUCCAAAGACUUGACAGCUGCUGAUGUUGUUAAACAGUGGAAGGAGAAGAAGAAAAAGAAGAAGCCGACUCAGGAGCCAGAGGUGCCUCAGGUGGACGUUCCCAGCCUCAAGCCCGUUUUUGGGAUCCCCUUGGCGGACGCCGUGGAGCGGACCAUGAUGUAUGACGGUGUGCGGCUGCCGGCCGUGUUCCGGGAGUGCGUGGAUCACGUGGAGAAGUACGGCAUGAAGUGCGAGGGCAUCUACAGAGUUUCAGGAAUCAAAUCAAAGGUAGAUGAGCUCAAAGCAGCCUAUGACCGGGAGGAGUCUCCAAACCUGGAAGAGUAUGAGCCCAACACAGUAGCCAGUCUGCUGAAGCAGUAUUUGCGAGAGCUUCCAGAGAACCUGCUUACCAAAGAGUUAAUGCCCCGAUUUGAAGAGGCUUGUGGGAGGGCCACAGAGAACGAGAAAGUGCAGGAGUUCCAGCGCCUGCUGCAAGAGCUGCCGGAAUGUAACCACCUUCUGAUUUCCUGGCUCAUCGUGCACAUGGACCAUGUCAUUGCCAAGGAGCUGGAGACCAAGAUGAACAUCCAGAACAUCUCCAUAGUGCUCAGCCCGACUGUCCAGAUCAGCAAUCGUGUCCUGUAUGUACUGUUCACACACGUGCAGGAGCUCUUUGGGAACGUGGUCCUGAAGCCAGUGACGAAACCUCUACGGUGGUCCAACAUGGCCACGAUGCCCACGCUGCCAGAGACCCAGGCGGGCAUCAAGGAGGAGAUCAGGAGACAGGAGUUUCUUUUGAAUUGUUUACAUCGAGAUCUGCAGGGCGGAAUAAAGGAUUUGUCUAAAGAAGAGAGAUUAUGGGAAGUACAAAGAAUUUUGACAGCGCUCAAAAGAAAAUUAAGAGAAGCUAAAAGACAAGAGUGUGAAACCAAGAUUGCACAAGAGAUAGCCAGCCUUUCAAAAGAGGACGUUUCCAAAGAAGAAAUGAAUGAAAAUGAGGAAGUUAUAAAUAUUCUCCUUGCCCAGGAGAAUGAGAUCCUGACGGAGCAGGAGGAGCUGCUGGCCAUGGAGCAGUUCCUGCGGCGCCAGAUCGCCUCCGAGAAGGAAGAGAUCGAGCGCCUGCGGGCCGAGAUCGCCGAGAUCCAGAGUCGCCAGCAGCACGGUCGCAGCGAGACCGAGGAGUACUCCUCCGACAGCGAGAGUGAGAGCGAGGAUGAGGAGGAGCUGCAGGUCAUCCUGGAAGACUUGCAGAGGCAGAAUGAAGAGCUGGAAAUAAAGAACAACCACCUGAACCAGGCCAUCCACGAGGAGCGCGAGGCCAUCAUCGAGCUGCGCGUGCAGCUGCGCCUGCUGCAGCGUGCCAAGGCCGAGCCGCCUGCGCCCGACGACGAGGAGCCUGAGCGGCGCGGGGCAGCUGGCCAGCCGCCCCGGGACAGCGGCGGCCCCGAGACCAAGGCCGCCAAGGAGCAGCCCCAGGCCGGCAAGGAGGCGGCCAAGCCAUCGCCGAGCAAGGACAGGAAGGAGACGCCCAUCUGAGCAUCUGCGCGUCCUGAGCCCGGCGGGCGGCCUGCGGCGCUGGACUUUAUGUAAAGUCAUCUUCUCAGAGGCCUCCAUGCAGGCCCACGCGCGGCGAGGACACAGCACGGGCCCACGGGGGCUCGCAGGGGACACGUGAGUUUUCCAGAUAGUGUCAGCUUAUUUGAAGAUUAAUUUUCUUUGAAGAUGAAUUUUCUUUGUUAACUUAAAGUAACUAUUUUAACCCUUGAGUGGCUUCUUUUUAAACCAAAAAUUGUCUGUCUUUUGCUUUUGUAUCACAGCAGAAUCAGGACCUCUUUCUCAUUCCAGGGGGGGUUGGGGGGGGAACCAAACCCGGUCCCUGGUGGCCACCUGCCGUCACGGCCCAAGGGCCCUCUGCCCACCGAGUCACUCUUGCUCGUGCCUUUCACACCACCUCGGUGCAGAUCACGGUCACGGGGCCGCCUUGGCCCGCCUCCCUGGCCCCGUGGCCCUCCCCAGUCCCUGCGAUGGUCGGCCUGCUGUGCUCACAGCCAGGUAGCCCCGGCGGGACUGCAGCGGAUCAGCUAAGGCCUUUUCCCCGCCACGGCUGCUGCCCUGAGCAGCUGUGUCCCCCCUGCCUUCCCUGAGAACCGGAGUGGCUCGGGUCAUCGGCUUGGGCUGAAGUGCACAGGUCUCUGCCCGAAUAAGCCAUAUAUAUAUCUAGGCAGAUACAUGUCUCCAAGUUGUUGGUCACCAUGUCUUCUUGACGCUGCCCGCAGCUGCCACCAACAGGGAAGCAACAGGCAACGGCCCCUUGCAGCCGGGGGAGCUGGCUGGGCACCCCACAGUGAAGGCAGGCGAGGCCCCCAUGCGCAGGUUGGGGCCCACACACAGAGGUGAUGAACUCAAAUCCCACCGAGGGCUCUCCUCCUCCCCCUCGCCCCUCCCAGUUAGUAUUUAUUUUCAGCACCUGUCUAACGCGGUUUUUUAUCCUCUACCUAUUGCACUGUUGUGAAUUGUUGGCCAUUAUUUGAUUUUUGUACAAGGAAAAAAAAGUUUGUUAUAGAAAUCAGCAUACUAUUUUUUUAAAUCUGGAGAGAAGAUAUUACAGUGACUGAAAAUAUGGUCAGGUGUCAAAUAUAAAUGUAUCAGCUCCUUA